UUCAGGUUGUCUGGUCGAUUUAACAGUGAAUGAGAUGGCAAAGAAUGGGGCAAGCUGUGAACAACCACAGCAACGAGGAACCAAAGACAAACAGAAUGGACAUUUUGCAGGUCGGUUUUGAAACUUAUCCAAGUGAACCAGCAUUAGGCUGUGUUUAUGGAUAAUAGAUAAACAAUUUUACCAAGGAAGGAUAAUGGUGUGUGUCGCUAUUGGUAUGCAGCAACUGCAAAAAGUAUUCUAUUGGCAGUUCUUCUUGCAACAUUCCAGUAUUGCCAGAAUGGUCCCAACCUGUUGGAUACUUCUUUAUUCCAUAGUUUAGAAACUACUAAAAGAUUCUACUUGAUUCAAAGGUCUAGACUAGAGAACACCACCAAUUGCUAGCUUUACGUUCCUACUUAGGCCUAGACAGUGACAUGAUUUUGUCAAAGUCACGAUAGCCUAUGUCCCGCAAAAUAAGGGGAUAUUGCAGUAGCUUUUUUGAAAGUAGCCCACUUUAUAGGUUAAUCUGACCUCACGAGUGUGCUCCUGUAUCUACAGACCCUGUGGUGAGUGAGAGGAGGCAGAAAGAUCGGGAGGAGCGUCUCGCUCUGGUGCUGUGGAGGAGGCCUAUCCUCACACUACACUACUUCCUCCUGGAAACCUUCAUCACACUAAAGGAGUGGACAUUAAAGUAAACCACCACUACUUGACAGUAAAACUAGAAAGCAACUGAUCAGUUUAAAGCUUUUUUCAGUUUGCCAGUCUAGUCAUUAGGUAGUUGUACCUAAUAAACUGUUCCACUUCUCCCCUCUACAGGUUAUGGCGAAGAAGGGGUACAGUGUUCUUGUUCCUGGUAUUUUGUUCACUCUUCUCCCUUGCCUACUCCACCGAGGGAGCACACCAGAAGGUAAGGAAGGAGAGAAACAGAAACCCCUAUCACCUCCUCUGUCAUUGAUUUAUUUUAGAUGUUUAAUGGUUAAAGAUAAGUAACUGUUCAUUCAGAUACACUGCAUUCCUAGAGGAAAGGUCAUCUGAGGAGGAAAUAUGUUGAGCAAUAAACUUUUUUUUGCUUGAGGCUCAGGCCAAUACAUUGGAUAAAUCUUAGCUCAUAUGUUGAUAUUAUGGUGUACAAUUUUUACAUUUACUAUUUUUUCCACCACUAUCCUUGGCAUAACAUAGGUCUCCAAUGUUCUCUCCAAAGGAUAAAUGUCUUGUGAAGUAUGUUAUGGCUAUCUAUGUCCAUGCAAAAGCCUAAAGCGCUCUCUACUUCUCUCGCCCCUUCUGUUCUCCUCUGCAGUAUGUGCAGUACCUGGAGAAGAGGUUCUUGUGGUGUGCCUACUGGGUAGGUUUGGGCAUCCUGUCCUCAGUAGGCCUUGGGACUGGCCUACAUACUUUCCUACUAUACCUGGUAAGUAAGAGAACCACCCUUCCCUUGCCUGUCAGCUGUGCCAACAAAAACGUAAUCUAACUUAUCACGCUCAGACAGUGGAAAAGCCUGCUGUAUAUCUGUAGUAAUUACUUUUCUAAGAAUGCUGGUACAGUAUGUGUCAUUGGAUAUUUUUGUGAGCCUAUUAGCUCUGCUUGUUGUUCCAUAACUGGCACGAUAGAUUAAAAAAAAUAUAUAGUUACGGUGAAUUAGUUGACAGGCUUGUCCUUGUCCUCUUUGAGCAAGAGGGACACAUUUUGUGCACAGGGUAUUUCCAUCUGAGUGAUGUUUGACUGACCACUACCAGAAACGUAAAAUACAUAUCCACAGUUUGUCCAGUGGGUGGCCUCAUACUUCCUAUCUCAUUCUUUGUGUAUUCAGAUCUGGUCUAAAUAGAUCUGCCUUUCACCUCUGGGCCCAGUUUAUCAAAAGUUAUCUAUCUGGAUUUAGGGCUGUCACAGUGACCAUAUUACCGCUACACCGGCAGUCACGAGUCAUGACCGCAGUCAAAUUCCAUGUGACUGUUGAGUCACGGUAACUAGGCUUCUCCAAAACUGCGCUCUAAUGCCGCUGAUGGUCAUUAGUAGCCUACCAAACUUGCUAACGGCCAGUCGCUAAUCACCUGGUAUUCGGCGUUCUGUCCCUCUAAUCACUCUGACAUCAAUGUAAAUACAAUCGAAAAUCAAAUCAAACACUUCAUGAGAGCCCUGACAUUCAGUUUGAGCAGAAUAGGAUCACCUGUUGCGCAGAGAGCGCCAGCUCCUCAUAGCUGGUUGAUGCAUAGAAUGAAAUGUGUUCUUAUAAGCCCAUGUUGCGCAACAUUUCUAUAGGCUAGGCCAGGGGUACUCAACUACUAUUUGAGAAGAUCCAGCGACACAAAUUUCCUAGGUGGCAAAGUUCCGGAUGGAUAAUGUCCUUUAUCGGCGCUGUGGUACAGCGUAGUAACAAACAUAGUCGUCUACGACUUAGGAAACAUUAAAUACAUUAAAUGAGACUAGGAAUUUGAAUUAAUUACAACUUAUGUAAUUAACAUGUGCAACAUUGCAUAAACAUUGCUGAAGAACAAAAGUGGUUGCAUAAUUGUCUGUGCACUGUGAACCAUUGUACAUGGCCCUUGAAUUUAAAAAAAAUCAAUAAAGUGCAUGUUUUCUGGAGAACAAAGGAGAGUUUAACAAAAAUAAUCUGAAUGCACAGAACGUCACUGUGGGCCAUGCAAUAUUAAUGUAUAAGUCAGUCUGGGCCUUGCCCUGCAUUAAUGAGAAAAAUUACACUCUCCUGCCAAUUCUUUGAACUUUGUCACAUGGUUUGAGAGCAACUCUGAGACACUGGUGCAGGUGUUCAUUGGUGAGCCUGGUGUGGUAUUGGUUUCACAGCUGUAUGUGGAGCCAAACAUGGUCAGGAUGUCUAGUGCCAGUCUCUUGAGAACAGGGACAUCAGCUGCAGGCACCAUCUUUCCCCAGAAAGGGACAGGGUCACAAACACCAGUGUGCUCCUUCAAAGCCCCAUUUUCUUGCAGUUCAAUCAACUCCAUUGUCAGUGAUGCAACAUCUACCCAUCUGAAGAUCUGUUUUGCUUCUUCUGACAACUUUGUCACAUUUGUGGCCAAGACGGGGUUCUGGAUGAGCAGCAGCAGUUCUCUUCCAACAGUGAAGUCAUCAAAGCAAGCCUUGAAGUUAUCCAUCAGCUUCUGGAUGAAAUCAACAUGGUUGGGAAAAUCUGUCUCCCUGCGUUUGCACCAGAAGAUUGGGGAGGUGGACAAGCUCUCCCUGGAGAUCAUUCUUGAAAGGCUCCAAUUUGUUCUGGAAAGCCUGAACUGCUGUUAUCAUAUCACACACUGUGUUGUCCCGUCCCUGCAGCUUAACAUUCAGUUGAUUAAGAUGUGAUGUAAUGGGUGUCAAAAAUGCAACUGUUUCCAUCUUCUCAUCUUUCAAAAACUCAGAAAACUGAGUUGCCUUGUCACUCUUUUGCUCUCAUAAGAAAGCUUUGAUUACCUCCUGAAUGGCCCAAAAGCGUUCCAAAACGCUGCCUUUGCUGAGCCAUCUGACAUUGUUGUGCAGUAGUAAGUCAUGAAAACUGGCAUUGGCCUUUGUCAGAAUGCCUCGUAGCAGGGGGUGUUGUAGGGAUGAUGUUGCUCUCAAAACAUUUAUCAGUUUCAUCAUCAUUGUCAUGACCUCAGAAUACUAUUUUCCCAGACUGGCACACAGGACAGAUUGAUGGAGGAUGCAGUGAUAUGUCAGGUCAGGGUGGGGGGCCAGUAUAUAUAAAAAAAAAUAGGUAUUCACUAACUGUAAGUCGCUCUGGAUAAGAGCGUCUGCUAAAUGACUAAAAUGUAUGUAUGUAAUGUAUGUCCUCUUUCAAACGUGCAACCAGUCCCCUCCCUCUUCCUAUCAUGGCUGGAGCUCCAUCUGUGGUGAUGGAGACCACUGACUUUAGAUCUGUCCCCCUUUUUGUCAGCAUCCCUUUGAUGGCCUCAUAGAUAUCCUCUCCCCGUGUGUGUGCGUCUAGAUUUGUUAAGCCCAACAGCUCCUCAUAGAAUUCCUAAUUUGUUUUGUUAUAAAAUCUGACAAACACCAGAAGCUGUGCAUUAUCAGUGUUAUCUGUUGAUUCAUCCACAGCUAAUGAAAUGCAUGGUGCAUUCUGAAUGGCCUCAUCAAGUUGUGAAGUUAAAUCUUCAGCUAAUAUUUCAGUUCUUCUCAUUGCUGUUGAAUCUGACAGUUGGAUCUGUUUGAUAUUUUCCUUCAGCUCAUCUUUUUGUUUACCAUCAAGCAAGGUCUCAGCAACUUCACUCAUGCAUUUUUUUUAACCAUCACUGCGUCAGUAAAUGGCUUUUUGCGUUUUCCCAAAACCCAAGUAAUUCUCAGUGAGCACUCCAUUGCACGUUCUUGGGCUGUCAGGGAAUGUACAAUAACUUUGGUGGACCUCGAAUAUUGGGCUUUGAGCUUAUUUAUUUUUCUCGUUCUCACCUGUGUUUUGGGAAUGAGUUUGCUCGAAAUGACUGUGUUUUGUGUCAUAUUGGCACUUUUCACAAGCGCUAUGGACUCUUGAGCAUAUCAGGCACAUUGGUUUUGAACUUGUUGCGGGGAGAAUUAAUGCGUAUUUGUCUGUCCACCCAGUCUUUGAAAAUGUGAUUUUCGCUAUCAACUUUUAUUUUAACAAGCCAUCCUCACAUUCACAAUGUCUAUCGAUGGACGUAUUUCCGUAUGUGUCUGCCUGCUGCUUGCUCCCAGUCCCAACAGUGUAUUUCACUGUCAAAGAUAUUUGCAUAUAUUUAUGCGAUUGGAUGAGACGCGGCUCUCUUCAUGAGACUGAUUUACAUAAAUGCACGCGAUUGGAUAGGACGUGGCUCCAGGCUGGUGUUUCUUCACCGCUAUAGACAUAGAGAGGCUGCACUGCGCUGGGGAAACGGCGCCCGGUCGAUCAUGUUUGAAGGCUGUCUGAAAUUAAUUUACUGACUUCGAUAUCGUUUGGUUGCUGUUUGGUCCGUAUUGACCCUUUGCUGUGUCGACCGCAGUCCGCCAUUUGAGUAUGACUGGACUGGGCUAGGCUAUGCAAUUGCGUGAGAAAAUAGUUUUGAUGGCUUCUAUUAAAGAGGAUCCAAUCGGCUUUCUAUAGGCUAGGCCUACUAAAUUUAUAUUUAUUUCUCAACUUUGUUAAUAUUAACAUUGCUUCACUUUACAACCGGAGUAACCUACCUGGCUGGCAUGAAAAUGAACCGCGGGAAAAGUGUCCUCCAUUCGCUAUUCAUGUGCAUAUGGUAGAUGUCUUUUUCCCCCCAGCCCCUGUUCCUACAGGUGCUUGAUAAUGGCCUAUUCUAAAUCAAAACUAAUUUCACACAUAUAUUAUUUGGUAUAUGUAAAGACAAUAUUAAAUUGAGAAUAGUCUAAUGGGUGAUUAUUAUUAUUAUUAUUAUUAUUACUUGUGAAUGAUGCCCAGCAUGUGUAGUUUAAGGGAAGACAUUUUUUUGCGACUUUUUCAAAUCAUAGUCACAUGAAUCAUGUAGCCUAGCCCAUAGGCCUAUAUGUUUUGAUAAGGUUGGUAUCACAACUAAAGUGGCCAAAUAACUCUAAGCAUAGCCUAUAGGCCUAGGACCCCUGGAACAGGGUUGGAGAGCCUACAGCCUACAGAGUCUAGUGAAACGUGUUCUUAUAAACCCAGCCAUUGCGCAAUCGUGUGUGAAAACAGAGUUUUGACUGGCCACUAUUUAAAAGAGGAUCCCAGCUUUCUUGUACUGCUAUAUUUAUGGCUCAAUUCUUAAAAGGUAUCACAUUAAUCUGCUUUACAACUGGUGUAGCCUACCUGGCAUAUUAAAAACUGAACUGAGGGAAGAGCUUCCACCAUUCGCUAUUCGAGUACAUGCUACGUUUAAUUUUUUUGUGGGCCAUUUUAAAUAAAGAAAUAAGGAGACAGGUUAAAGAAGGAUUUAACAUUUUUAUUAGGAAGGUGUUCCUAAUAUUUAUACACUCACUGUACAAAUUCGUAGGUUAUAUGUAAAGACCAGAUUCAAUUGAGAAUAGUCUGAUGAAGUGUGUGCAGCCUGCGCAAGAAACAGAGCAGAGUUCAUGCCUUUCAUGCAACUUUUUUUCAAAUCAUUAGUCGCAGCGUUAAGCCUCGUUCACAUUACCCAUAAGUACACUGUUACGCCGGAUGUCAUGCAUUUCAAUGGAGACAUUCACAACUGAGUGGAAUCGCAAUGUCCCCUUGCGGUUGAAGGCUCCGUUGCAAGACGGACGAAGCAUACUUUGACAUUUUUAUAACUUUCAGUCCAGCUAGAGUCCAUCGAUGACUUGAAUAAUACACAUUGGCUGUUAAGCCAAUUAUAUUAUGACAGUUGCCUCCCGUUUAAAUUUGUGAUGGUAAUGACGUAAUUAUUAGGUGGAGGUCGCUAGCUACACUGGUAUCUUCAACCUAGCCUAGCAUUUAGUUGGCUAGUUAACUAGCUGCUCUGCAGUGGCCUGCCCAGACCCCAGACUUCAACCCUAUAGAGCAUCUUUGUGAUGAGAUGGAACAGCCUGUUCGCAGCAUGAAUGUACGGCUGUCCAAUAUGCAGCAACUGCAUGAUGCCAUUGCGUCAGCAUGGACCAACAUCCCUGUAGAACGUUUCCGACACCUUGUAGAAUGCCCCCGAAGAGGUCAAGCUGUUUUGGAGGCAAAGGGGUGUCCAACCCGGUAAUAGAUGGGUGGACCAAAUAAACAUGCUCUCCUCCAUCUAGCGUUACAAACAGUAUACUUGUCCCUUCAGUAGCGGGGCAAGACUCCGUGAAGAUAGCGUAAUAAAAUGUGCCACGAUGUAAACUGGGCAUUAGAAUGUAUUAGAAAUGAAAACAUGUAGCCUAAGGUUUGUAUCACAACUAAAGUUGCAUAAAUAACUCUAAAUUAAGCAUAUAGGAGGACCUGUUUCAAAUUAUCACUUUGUUAACCACUUAACAUAGCAUGUGCGCACUCCCUCGGAAAUCGUUUGGGGAAAAUACCAUUUUUAUUUUAUUCCGCUAUGUUCAAUUGUAUUAUUCUUACUAUAAAAUCAUGCCACUGGAGCUAUAAGCAAAUCUUAUCUGCUAAAUGAUCUAGUUAGGCCCACAACCAUAUGGCAUAGCCAGGUCAGGGCCUAACAUAAGGCUGACUCAGAAUAUGCUAUUCUGUUCUUCUGAAAUGGGCUGCGUGUCAAUGUUUCUUUAGACCUGCCUAAAAUACAUAAUAGUUUAUUGUGAUGGUGUAGGCUAUAUUAAAUGAAUUUAUUAGACUUUUUAAAAUGUAGAUGUUCCAAAGGUCCGCAUCAGUGGCUUGUCUAUGCGUAGAAGCCCAGAGAUGUUAAACGGGUUUAUGGUAAUUAACAGUCAAUUACCGUGAGACCGGCAGUUAUUUGCAUGACAAUUACAGCCCGAUAAUUUCAUGACCGCCACAGCCCUAGUUCCUCAUGAGUGAUCAAAGUGUGACUGCGGUUGAGUCACACUCCUUCCUCCACUGAGUGGUAUGUUUGUGACGUCCAUCUUGGCUGUGGUGAAAUGAAACAUUCAACUGUGACGAACACAAGGAAGUGAUUCUGUCGAGGUCCCCAUUUUUUUCAGGGAUGUGGCCAUUGUUCACCAGAUCUUAUGAUGUAUAUACCCUUGAGUCAACAGCUCCACAUUUACAAAUGGGAAAUUGCAAGGUUUCUACUAAACUUUUGAAAUAGCUGAUUUGGAAAUACAAUUUACUUUUGUAGCCUUUCCAAUUCUAUGCCUAACUACCCAUUAUUUUCCUCACUACACACACUACCCAAACCCACUAGUAGACACAGGCCUGUAAACCACAGCCUCUGGUAGUGUUGGUGGUGUUGACCUCAUGACGUGUCAUCUUCCCUAGACGUGUGUAUGACCUUAUUCCCUUUCCCACAUCUCCCCACUCAGUGUGAGGGUGGUAUUUUCCAUCAGCUUUCAGUCAUCUUCUCCAAAAUGAGAAACUGUAGCUGUCUAAUGCAACUUACAAACAUUAUUCUAUAUGAUUUCAUAAAGACAGUGUCAGUAUUAUGAUUUGUAUGGUGGUAGGCCCACUUUGUCUAAUGCAACUUACAAACACUUAAAUUAUUCUAUAUUCAUUCAAAGAUGCAGUGUCGUGAUUUGUAUAGCGGUAGGCAUAUUUUGUAUUGUACAAAUGUUCAUGUGGAUAUUACCAGUAUGUUUGCUUUAUAUUUGAAUCAAGGCAUCACUAAAAUAUCAGCCACUUGUGAAAAUAUGUGCUGAUAUGAUGGAGUGCUUGCUUAACUGUUUUUUGGACUCGCCACUUAAAAACAAUAUAUCCUCCUACUAUCUGGAUAAUGGUGAGGUUGUGCUCCCUGAUUUAAAAUAGUUAGGCUAUGUGCACACUUUACCAUCCUCGGAGGUGAGGUCAACAUGUUGGAAAGUCCCUAGUUGAAGGGUGCCAGAAACAUCUGCCCUCUAAAGAGCUGCUAUGGAUUUACCUCGGACCUAAAGAAUUAGAUACCCCAUAGUAAGGAGCAGAGACCAUGCUCCCAUUUUGCUGGGGGUUACAAGAAUAAUUGUAUGAUUCAUGAGUCUGGUCAUGCUGGAUUCAGAUGGAAAUGUAGGGGCUGUUUGUCUUAUUUUGCUAAAGGCAAUGGCCACCGUGCAUUUCAUUUGCUAUGUUUAGAGGAUUAUUUAUUUCCAAAUAAUGAAAAGGUGUUGUCUUGUUAUCAUUGAGUCACCAUCAUGGUGAAACUAGUAUAGAUUUGUAACGGAAGGAAAGUCAGGGAUUGAGACCUUGUGAACCCGUAUUGUGAAAAGACUCCCCAGCAUGUCAGCUCUCUCUCUCUAGGAGAGCUAUGGGGAUCAGCACUGACUAAUUGUCUUCUGUCUAUCUCCUGUCACUGUGGUAAUGAAGCCAGGUGACUAAGCCUGGGCUCUGAUUAAUGGAGCUGCAUACCAGGCUGUCGGGGGGCUGUGCUGACUCAGCUGUGUGUGUGUGUUAAAGCUGGGCGAUAUGGACAAAAAUCCAUAUCGUGAUAAAUUGACCAAAAAUUUUUUCGAUAACGAUAAAUCGGCGAUAAAUUACAAUACAUAAUUUUUUGGGGCGGUGCUAGAGCUGUUUGCUCGAUAACAACAAAUACAACAAACUUUUUUUUUAUGGACAGUUAGUUUACAUUAGCGGCACGGCUCUAGACAAAAACAAAUCCAGUGCCAAGUAAGACACCUGAGGUGGUAGCCUAUGAUCUUAAAAAGCUAUUUCAUCUAACAUAUCCAGCAAAUGCAUGAUUGAUAUUUUGAUGUGCAACCUGUCAAAAUAGGAUCCGGAAUUAUCAGAUUUAUUUUUGGCUCAGUAGAGAAUUUGCUGACAUCUUUGUGUAUAUUGGCCUAUAAGCUAUAGCCUAUUGUUCACCAGCUGAGGAAGUGGGAACUCAAAACACUUAGCUAGAUUGCGUACUCUAAACAUGAUAUUGUAGCUAGAUAGAUUAAUCGAUUAGUCUACAUGGCUAUCAGUAAAUGUAGGCUAAUGUCCUACAAACACUUUCCAGCGCUAGGCCUAGGCUACUUGAUGUAGGCAAAUGGCGUGCUCGGCUUGGCUCUGCGGGCGCAUCAGAACCAUACUAACUACAGCCUACACCGGUUGGUGCCAUGAACUCAAUAUUAAGAGGUGAGAAACACAUUGACAUACUCACAGAAAGCUGUGACUCUCCUCUCUGUAACUAGAACAACAGUAGUUGCUUUGAAAACUGUCUUUGUCCCGCAAUAGCAUUUUGCGCAAUGGUCAUAUGCUUGUGCUUCUCAGAAUGCAUCUCUCCCUCCUCCGAGUCAGCAGCCGACAGGAACAGGCAGAUUCUUUCAUAGCAGGAACCAACAUAAUGCAUAGGCUAUUAAUGUUGACCAAAUAAUGGUUUUAGAACAAUCUACAGGAACAUUGUAUAGCAAAAUCAACGAAAAUUACCAACGUAAGCUAAAUGCUUCGGUAAGAAGAAGACGGUGUCGGUAAUUUUCGGUUUAUCAUCCCAGCUCUAGUGUGUCAACUGCACAUGUUCAGUUGAAUUAAGGAAUACCCAUGUUCAGUUGAAUUAAGGAAUACCCAUCCAUCCUCUGGCUCUCAGGGUCCACACAUAGCAUCAGUCACCCUGGCUGCGUACGAGUGUGGUUCUACAGACUUCCCCGAGCCCCCCUACCCAGACCAGAUCAUCUGUCCAGAGGGAGGAGGAGUGGAGGGCAGCAUCUCACUCUGGUCCAUCGUGUCAAAGGUCCGCCUGGAGGCCUGUAUGUGGGUAAGUAAACAUCUGUCUUCAAUGGCAAAAAUAAGUAUCAUUAACCUAAAAUCUAGCUUCAACAUUGUAGUGAACUCUAUGGGGCGGUUUCCCAGACACAGAAUAAGCCUAGUCCUGGACAAAAAAAAAGCAUGCUCAAUGAAGAAUGUCCAUUAAAACGUUUUUGUUUUUUUGUCCAGGACUUAAUCUGUGCCUGGGGAAACUGCUUCUUUGGGUUUAGAACAAUCGGGGAAUCUUGAUGGCUCAACAUUGGUAGUCUUCGGUUGACCUCACGUAACCUCAUCUAGUAGUGAGAGACCAUAGAGCUAUGCCUGACUCUGGUAUGAGCCAGAGUAUGAACCAGUGCUAAACUAACCCAGUGUGUGACUUUCUCUCCAGGGUGCAGGCACAGCCAUUGGGGAGUUGCCCCCCUACUUCAUGGCCCGAGCAGCCAGGCUAUCUGGAGCAGACCCAGAUGACGAAGACUAUGAGGAGUUUGAGGAGAUGCUGGAGCAGGCAGAGACUGCUCAGGUGAGUGGGGACUCUGUCUUCCCCUCUCACAGAGUGUAGUAGCCUGCCUCUUGAGUGCCCCAUUCCACCCAAAUCUCUGGAGUCUUAUAUACUCUCCUUCAGUCUUUUAUUUUGGGAUGGAACUCUACUUAACUGUCCAUCACUGACUUCUCUAUCUGGCCUGUGAUUGGCCUCCAGUUAUCACAUUACUUUUCUGAAAGCCCCUCCCACCAUUUCCAGUAACAGUGUUGCUAGUGGAGUGAGUCACAGUGAAACAAGCUCUUCUUUAAUCAUCCCCGAGGCCUUUCUUUUCAUGAUCCUUUCAUUUGAAGGACAGGCAAUGUGAACAGCCUACCCCUUAGAUCAGAUUGCUAACUAAGCAAAGAGCUCAGAUUUUCCUCCAGUCUAGUCUCAUGCCAUGGAAUCUGAAAUAAAGGUCAUCGUAUCAUGUCUACCAGUAAAUGUGUGUACAGCUGCAUACUCAUUUAUUAUUAAGAUAUUGUGACCUUGGGACUAUAAGGUUCUAUCUGCGCAAAGCAUAGUGAAUUCUUCUUUCAUAACCCAUUAAGGUCCUCACCUUAAAGGUACCUCAAUUACAGAGUAUCCAAAUCCAAUCCAACAUCUGUGUAAAAAAGAAAUUGCAGAUAGAACCUUAAGGUUCUGAAAUGUCAAUAUGGGUUCAGCCAUAAGGUUCUAUCUGGCACAGAAUGUUACAAUUAUUUCAAUAAGUACAGACAUUUAAUGAUAAAAUAAAAAGAAUACCCUUCCUUCUUUCUAAUCACAUCAUCAAAUAUAUUAAUGUUCAUUACAUGGUCGGUAGUGCACUAAAAUGACAAAUACACUAUAUCCUAUGCAGAACUAGCAACAUUGCUAAAGCUUAGCUCCGGAUGAGUAAACUGAUAUAUUUUUCUGGUCUCUGACACCCAAAGUCCGUAAACUACUUGCUAGUUAUCAAUAAAAUGUGGUAUGUUUUUGUAAUUUUUGUGAAAUACUCCUUCCAUUAAGGUUUUCUUAUUGAUAUAGAACAAGACUAAAACAGCAAUGGUUCUUAAACAUGCCUUAAGGCACCUGUAUUUAUGUUUACCAUAAAGAGCUUAAGUGAUGGCAAUUUUUCUGAAAAAGUAAUUGCAAAAGAGGACCAGAACCUGUGAUAUGAACAAAGGACUUGGUACUGAAAGGUUCUAUCUGCAAAAUGUAUGGUUUUGUGAUGAUGAGUAUUUUUCAAGUCCCAGACUGUUUUGUGAUGUCUUCCUCUUUCAUGACUCAAAGUACAUCACCUUACAUACAAUGUUUUUUUUUUUUACAACCCAGCAUUGUGUGAUUAGAUUGCAGAUAUAACCUUAUAGCACCAAGUUCAAAGGUGUUUGCACAGAUAGAACAUUCAGAUUUCUUUCAUCGUAAAUUGACUUUUUCACAUCUGACAUAUGUCACAUGUGAAGGACCUCCUACAGAGCGACUCUAUGUGAAUAACUCAUUUUUGACAAAUGUCAGAGAACCUUAUAGUCAGUCCCAAGGUCUCGAUAUACAGUAUCAUGUCAUGCUUUUGACCUGACAUUUACAACUGAAUCGUUUUAGGGAAAGGGUUGAAGUAGUAUGUGUCACAUUAUCACUAAAGACACCAUUGAUUAGAUGAUACAUUUUAUUUUGUGUCAACAUAAUUGCCCCCCAUGAAACCACAAUAUUUCACCCUCCCACUGUAGUGUAUAUCAAUCAGAUCAAAAGAGUUCAACAGUUAUUUGCCAACAACUCUUGGCUUGGAUUUUUACCAGAGCUGCUAAAAGAGAUCAAAGGAAAAUAUAAUAGCCCAUCUGAUAGCAUUUGUUAUACCACAUGAAUUCUUUAUCAAGUAACACCCUUUUCAGAAUUACAUUAGACUUUUGUUUUCAGUUUGGUUAUAUAUCAUGAUAUUGAUAUAUUAUUGAAGAAAUUGUUUGAUAAUGUGUUAAGCAUAAAUUAAUAUAGGAUAAUAAACUGUUUAUUUAUGUUUCCAGGAUUUUGUCACUAGAGCAAAACUGGGCAUUCAGAACAUGGUGCAGAAAGUGGGAUUCUUUGGGAUUCUAGCCUGUGCCUCGGUAUGUCCAAAACUACAUUUGAUGACUUGACAUGCACUCUGUUAUCUUAUACUGUUUUAAAGUUGAGGUCUUUAUUAUUAAAGCGCAUCGCUGAAUAUUGUAUGUUGAUGUUUGUUACAAUUAAGUUAUGGCAAUGAAGGUAGAAUUCGAAUGCACUCCUCUAUUACAGGAUAUAUUUUCACCUUACGACCUGUCUUUCAGAUACCUAAUCCACUGUUUGACCUGGCUGGUAUAACAUGUGGCCACUUCCUGGUACCAUUUUGGACCUUCUUUGGAGCGACGCUUAUUGGAAAAGCCAUCGUCAAGAUGCACAUACAAGUAAAUAUUUUAGUUGUACUAACCAAUUAGACAUAUUCAGACAUUAAUGUCAGAAUAUGUUCAGUUGGCUGUAAUUCCAUGGUUUCUGUGUUUUGAAGUACUUCUAGUGCUGCUGUUGAAGACCAUUCCAGAUGAAAGGAGUAUGGAGAGCACUUUAAUGAGAGCCAUUGCUUUUUGUAAAUCAGAUCAAACUCUUAAUUGUCGGCUGUAUUGUUGAGUCUGCCACAGUGACUAAUCUACUCCCAGACGGUGAGAGACUGACUGUGUCUCUCUGUGAGUCGUGGUGGUGAGAGCUGAGCCGUCUAACCAGACCAAUUCAUCUCCGUGGUACCAGCCAGUGAUCUCACCAGUUCUGACAAAGCCCUCCAGGGUUGAGGAGGACCAGGGUCCGGGGGAGGCUUUGUGCCUCUCCCGCAGACCUCAAGGGUCUUUUACUGUCUAGAGUUGGCUGGGAUGGCAUGUGUCACUGUGUUCAAAGCAGACAUAGGAUAUGUCCCCCACCCCGGUGCAGAUGGCGACUCAGGUUCUCACUGUCUGUGUCUCUGUCCGAGACUGAUCACUAAUCACCCAGUUCAUUAAUUUGUCUUCCCACAGAAACUGUUUGUUAUCAUAACGUUCAGCAAGCACAUAGUGGAACAGAUGGUGUCUCUGAUCGGGUGAGUAUGUGUCUGUGUUUAAUGUAUGCGUAUAGAUGAAGAGAGAGGUGCUUUGCCCAGUCAUUCUUCCUCUGUGCUUUACUGGAGGCAGGGGCUCAACAUGGAUGCUUGUCCUCUUGUUAAGUAAAAAAAAUCACACACAAAUCACAAUAUCAAACAAUUACUCUGAUCAGAAUUGGAUCAGAGAGGCCAACAUUGGAAUAAUAUUCUAAUCUAUUUUUAUGUACAUAAAUAAAAGCCUACAUGUCAAAGUGUAGGUGAUAUGCAUAUUGUCCAAACCGAUGCUGACAUGAGGGAGGCACAAGAAAAUGUAGCUAAACUUUAAUGAGACUUAAUUACAUAAAUAUAGGCUAAACGGCAGUGGUGUUUGACAAAUAUAAUGAAGGAUAAUUAACAUUAACGUCUAAUGGCUUGAGUCUGUCAACAUACUCAAGACACAGUUCGUUCAGAUCAAAUGGUCACAAGAGCAGAGAGUGAAGGACGGUGCCUGUUGUGCACCGCACAUCACCCACCUUUCAAUCUGAGCGGAGCGAGUCAGCAUUUUGAAAAUGUUUAACCAUAAACUUAAUAGUUUUAAACUUGUUUCAAAGUAGCCUAGCCUAGCCAAAAUAAGACCAUAGAAAUGAUGAGGGAAUUAUUUUAUAAACACUUAAGUCUAAUAGCCUAUGCUAUUGAAACCAGAAUUUUUCUCAUGUUCUAUUGGUUUUCAAAUCAAACAUUAUUUUAUUGUCCAGCAGCGGAUGUUCAUUUCUGUCACAUGAAACCGCUUGCGCAUGUAGUGAGCGGUGUUUUCCUGCUAAUUGCAUUUUGGAACAUUCGCACAUAGCCUAAAGCCAUGUGCGCAUUGUUGAGCUUAUAAUAUUAAGAAAUAAAAUUACUGUAUCAACAUUUUAAGCUAAACUGUCUGAUCUGUUGCAUCAGCAUCAUUGCUUUUGUUUAGUUUUUUUAUUAUGUGCAGUGGUUGUAUGAAUUUUGGAUCCAUCUUCCCAGAACUGUCCAAGAGUCUGUUUUGAACCGUAGACAUACAGUAUUUGUCAACGGGAUGCCCUUAAUUUCGAGCCAUGGAGGGAAUUAUUUUAUAAAGACCAAGUAUUUUGUUGUAAUUGUAAUGUUGCUGUAUUUUAUAGGCUACCAAGAGUGGCCAACCAUCCUCCAGGAGAGCUUUAAAGGGGCAGUGUUGUAUUUUGAGACAGGCUUGAAUAUGCAAAGUGUAGCCUACAUUUGUCUGGUUCUCUAUGGUGAAAAAUAUAGUAAUGCAUUUUAUUUUGUAAAGUGGUUCCUUGCAUCAUACAAUGAUGUAAAAAUGCUCUUACAGACAAUGUUUAUUGUUGGACAAGUGACUUGAGCUUUUGGACAUGUAAAAUAAAGUUAAUAUCAAGCCCUGGGGGGGCUUAACAUCAAAGUCAAUGUGUGUGUUUACCUCGUCCAUUAAGGUUAUUUCCCUUACACGCAAACCAAUUCCCCACAUAGGUGGUCAGACAGCCGUGUGGGGUCCUAUCAGAUGGAAUGUGUUCUGUUCUGACUCACAGCAGUUUAGCUUUGACUUCACCAGAAUCUACCCCACAGCAGCAGGGAAACAAAAUAACUGCAGGAUGUAUAAAAUAAAAAUAAAUCAUCACUUCCAUAUUACACAUCCAACAUAACUAGCUAAGAUCUUCAGCUCUUCCUUGACUAUUUCUUACCACAUAAAAAAAUUAAAUCUACAAAUAAAAUAUAAAUCGUACUCACAACUAAUGAUCAGUUUAUAGUGCCAUCUUAUUCACAGUUAAAAUGAGUCGCAUGAGAAAGAACACUUGCUUGCUACCAUUGCAAUUGGUUGACUGGUCUGACUCGCUAUGAUGUGUUACACUGGUGCUUGAAUGCUGAAUCGGGCUGAGUGUGUGUGGCUGAGUGAGUCAGUCAAAGUUAGCCUGGGAAUGGGCUUGCCAUAUCCCUUUAAGAUCAGCAAUUACAAUUACCCAAUUCACUUUUUUACCCCCUGAUAGUAAAUUGUCUUGAAUCUGUUUAGUCAAGUUUUAGAUGUUGAAGUUUUAUAUUAACACCUGAAUUAAAAGAAACUCUGUAACUAUGUCUAAGAAAUGUUUGUAUAUUAUAUUUAAUGAUGGUUGUGAUACAUUGAUUAAACUAUACCAAUUAUUUUGGUAUAGUACUGUCAACUACAAAUGAUUGUGGAGUUAUUCAGGUACAUCAAGUUAUAGUACCUCAUGGUGUCUGAGGGUUCUCUUCCAAUCAAAUUGUCUGCAUUCUCUGUAACUAUAAUCUAAAGACCCCGAUGAACUAACUGUGGCCCACACAGUGAUCUAAUCCUUUGCUCUCCCUCCCAUAUAUGGACAGUCAUAUUGAUGAACACGCCUAGUUUGAUCUGUUUCCACCCAUAAGGCUGUGAUGACAGCAUAUCGAGUCACUUCCUGGUUAUUGGGCUCAGACUGGUUUCUUAUAGGAACCUCAGGGAUAAAUAAGAGAGAUGAGAACUGCCUCACUUCACUCUGCUGUGUGCUCUCCCAGCUAGAGGCCUGACUUGAUGCCUAACUAGAAACACAUAGAAAAUGGAACUCUCGACAUCAUGAGCAAUGGACUGCUCUCUUUAAACCCUGGUCCUAUGGGACUAAGGGUUCCCUCUACAGAGCCUCAUUCUUUUACCAUGUGAAGGGAUACUACUGGUAUGGUAAGUACUCUGGGAUAUAAUGUUGUCUCCGUCUUUUCCCCUCCUCACCUCUCCCCUGCCUGUGGAUGUCCUUGCCCUGCCGCUGUGUCAGGUCUCUGCCGAGGGUAGGUCCCUCCAUACAGAAGCCCUUCAGUGAGUACCUAGAGGCCCAGAGGAGUAAACUCCACCACCACACCGGAGAAGGCACCCCGGCGGUAAGAGCACUACUACCAUCAUCCAUCCUUCCUAAGUCGAGACAAAGCAUGUGAUUUUGAUUGCCAAGAUAAUACAAAUUGUAAUGCAUUUGUGUUAGUCAAGUAAUAUUCCUCUGUAUGCAUGUCUCUCUGUGCAGACUGAGAACUGGCUGUCGUGGGGCUUUGAGAAGGUGGUUCUGGUCAUGGUCUGUUACUUUAUCUUCUCCAUCAUCAACUCUAUGGCUCAGAGCUACGUCAAGCGACGACAACAGAGUCGGCAGCAGAGGUACACUGAGGAGAAAACCAAGUGA